AUGGUGAGCCCAAUCAAGGAGAAGACGGAGCCUUUGGACCUGGUGCCGCUGGUCACCACUGCCCUGGCCUCGGCGUUGCAGGUGGAUGAAGCGAGGCUUCGAAACGUGGUUGUUGAGACGGAGGUUCGACGCCUAGCAGCACAAGAGACCUCUCUGAGGGUCAGUUACGAAGUGAUCACAGCCAUGGAGAAUGCGACGCAGCUCUUGUCCACAGUAACCACAUUGGCGGAUCCGACCAGCGAUGUGGCGAGUCGCUUUUCUGACUCCUUAGAACUGGAGGGUCUGAACGUCACCUCCAUCCAGAUGCUGGAGGUUCCUAAAAUCAUCAGCACCGAAAGCCAUCUGCAGGAUCCACCCACGGAGCACUUGCUGCAAAGCUCUCAGAUCAUCCUCUGGAUACUGAUGGGUGUGGCCAUCAGCACUGUAGCCGGCUGCGCUGCUUGGGGUGCUGGAUAUCUCUGCGGCUACCUUCAUGUCCGACAACGACAGCAGCUGAUGAUGCGCAUGAGCUCCAAGAGUACGCAGAGUUCGGAAGAGUUUCCCUUCAGUGUGGUCAAUGCUCAGUCCACCCUGCGUAGCGCUGGAACGCCACGUGCCAGGGACAGCAGCUUUGAUGCCCCGAUGGAGCGUUCGGGCUUGAGCCCCUCUGUGAACAAGUCCAUCAGCCGGAAGAGUCAUGACGGAACAUUGCGCGCCAGCGCUCACCAGAACACCGGCAAAAGCGUGAUUCGAGAAGUGAUCCUUUGAGUGCUAACUCGCGGUGCGAGUUGCAUAGUUUGAGGAACUCAAACUGGGAAUGUUGGAAGACUUUGGAACACUAUCAUUGACUCAAUGUGGUUUUGAAAUUAGUAAGGAUGUGGG